CAGAUAUGUCAAAAAUAGUAAUUAGUCAAUACAGUAUUGAUAACCUUGUAUAAUACUAUAAAAAUAAAAUUUACAUCAUUUCGCCACUUAAAUAAAUACAACUAAUUGUUUUAGUAUAACAAUGGUUGUAGGCGCAUUUCCGAUUGCAAAGCUAGGGGCCUUGCUGAUAAAACAGAUAAGUAAACCCAUCGCAAAUGCUUGCAAAGAACGAGCUAAACAUAACCCGUUCUUCCGGACUUAUGUUUGUAUGCCUCCUGCCCAAUUCUACAAUUGGUGUGAAGUAAAGGCUAAAAUGUGGAUUCUAAACUUGGGUAGGCCAGUUAAUAUACCAGUGCUCAGUCAAGAAAUGGCUAUAGAGCUAGGAGCUAAUCUUCUUGGUGAAACUUUGAUUUUCACCAUAGGAGCAGCUAUUUUGUUACUCGAAUAUAACAGGCAAAGCAACAAGGAAGCUGCAAAAGAAGCCAAGAAGGAGCAAGAAAUGAAACACAUUUCUGACACAAUCACUGAUCUCUACUUUACUGUCCAGAGACAACAAACACAGCUUAGAGAAAUGGAGAGGAUUAUUUAUUCAAUAAGUGGACAGAAACCAACAACUCCUCCUCCAGAAUUAAAGGGCCCUCCAUCUAUUCUACCUCCAUCACCUCCUACCUCAGACAGUGAACCACCAAAGCCCACACCACCAAAGAAUGUCAACAACAAUCAGGAUUACAACAAACAAUCCAUUAUUACUGCUACUCCAUAUCCUAACAAUGGAUUGAUCCUGCAGUCUCUAAACUACAUCCAGAUGGAUGCCUUCAGUUCUCUAUUCCCCAAUAACAAUAAUAAAGUUGUAGUUGAGGAAGAAGAGGAAGCUAUUGAAGAAAAAGCAUUUAUCCCUAAAAGGGAACCUGCAAUACUUUCAUCAGCUUUGCAUAAUAUUGAAAAUAAUUUUAGAAGUUUGUUUUAAACCUGUGAUAAGAGUACAUUAUGUUGCUGCCUUGCAGCCUCUAAAGUGGAGUUAGUUAAGUAGUAGCCAUUGUUACCUGUUUUUUUAAUGUUUUAUUUUUUUAUUUACUGAAUCAUACAGUAAAAUGUCUAUUUAAUUGACUUAUUGUGUAUUUGGAUAUCCCAGAGCAUUUGUGAUCCUAGUAAAAUUGUUGUCAAAAUCUAGUAGGUGUGUGCAUAUGCACUUUUGUGUUUAUGUCAAAGGUUUUUCUAGAUUUUUCUGCCAUUUUAUUUGUAUUUUAAUGUGGUCUAGAAAAAAUUCAAGAACCUCACCAACAAAACUUAAGUAAAAUGAUACACUUGCUCAUCAAAGUAUUUAUUUUCCUUAUUGUUGUAAACAAUUAUUUGGCUUGUCACAAGUACAUAAUGAUUUGUUCAUUAUAAAGUCAAUGUGUUAAUGCUUUUAUUUACGUUUUUGUAUAUAAUACAAUUAUAGUUAGAUUGCUUUGUAUUGAUGGUGCAGUUUAGGUAUAAGAACAUGAAUAUGUUAAUGUUAAUAAUUUAUAACUGAUAAAGUAGAAGACAUUGAGAAUAAAUAAGCACAGAAUAUCCUUAAAUAUAUAUUUUAUUACUCUAGCCACUCUUUCAUAUAAACACAAGUUUGUGGUGUGACCAAUCCAGUGGAAUCACAUGAAUGAAUUAGUGGGCACACUCCACACGGCACUUGAACCAACCCUGGUGCAGGUAUAAGAGGGUCAAUGGCCCGAUAGACUUUGCUCCCAUCAGGAUAAACACUGCUCUCUGCCUUGCCAUCAUAGACCAAUGUAUUCAGAAUUGUAAUUACAUCUUCUACGUCAAGUUCAACCUGAAACCAAAAAUACAAUUAAUUUUAUAAUAUAAAUAUACUAAACUUUACUACUAGAUAUUAACAUUUUCAUUAGAAUGUUUUAAUAAAUACCAUAAUACAAAGCAUGUUGGGACUUAAUGAAAUAGUUUUGAACACUAUAAAUAUUAUAUUGCAAUUAUUUAUUUCGACUUAACAGUUGUUCACUUUGUAUUUUGUAAAAAAGUAAUUGGCUUUACAGUGCUUCUAAAAUAGCUCCAAGGAAGGCUAAGUUUUAUACAGGAUUUAUUAAUCAUCUGUUGUAAAAAGAAACAAAUAUGCAUUUUGUUGAAUCAAUAAUAGAAAAUGCUUAGCACAUGUUACAGUAUUGCAUUAUUAUAAAGUUUAAUAUUGACAAUAUCUACUCAUGUAAAUAUAGUUUUUAGUUUAGAUAUUAAAUAAACAAAAUUAAA